UGAACCUUUCUAAAAUAUUAAGCUAUUUUGGCGCGCGGCCUAUUUUGGCCUGCUAUUUUGUUUACUCCAAAUUUUUGUAGAAAUGUCCGCUAUUGAAAAAGUUGAUAAAUCAUCUAAUAUUCCGCGUUUAGAAUCAAAUGGAAAGUCUGUGGAAUUGUUAAUUGGUGAAUAUGGCGAAAAGAAAAAUAUAUUGCAAUUGCAGACUUUAAUUGAGAAAACUAGCACAACAACGUUAGUUGCUAUUUUGAAGACAAAGUUGGGUCGAAAUGAUUGCGUAUCCUUUUGGAGUUAUCUAUUCGAGGGGCUUAGCUUUGGAUAUAACAGAGAUAUGGUUGAAAAACGUUUUGCCUGCGUCAAAUGUAUGCUCGAUGGCCUGCAGGAAGUAGAAUUAUGCUACAAACAGACUUACGACUUAAUAAUACGUUUGUGUCAUCACCUAUCCACAUUUCCACCGAAACAGCUAAUUGAAAUACUGGAAAUAUGCAUCGAUGGUAUACGCAUGGGCGAUCGUAAAUAUAUUUGUUGGAAAAAUUUACUACCAGAUGUACUGAGUGUACUGGCACAUCAGCCGCAGAUAUUACUGAAUGGGAUCACAAUGAGAGGGCAAGAAUUUCGUGAUAACAUAAUACGUAGUUUGACAACUAUGCGUUGGCCAUUGGAAAUUGUAACACCGAUUGCAGAUAUGUUCAAGGAACUAGGAUUGAAAACUGCUGAAAAGACUAUUGUGCUUAACAAAUUUGGUGGAGUGCUACAAACUUUAGCGCCUGCUGAAUUGCCCGCUUUAGCAUUUCAGUUAUUCUCGAUGUGUUCGACUUGCACUGAGAUUAUGAUAUUAGUACUCGCUUUCGAAAAGUAUUUCCAUCGUUUUUAUUAUAAGAAAUUGUUUGCUGAUAUGCAAAGUAAUUCAACGGACUUCGACAGCAUUGAUUACUAUUCCGAUAAAGAGUUGCGAGAGGCAGAGGAGACGAUUUUGCAUCAUCUGAAUUAUUGCACACAGUAUAAAAUAAGCGAAAUACAAAUGUGCGCUACUCUACGAAAUUUUAACUCGAUGCCCGAUAUUAUACUAACUCCUUUUCUGCUAAGCGCCAUAAUAUCCAUGACAUCCGCAAACCGUGAACCAGAGUCACAGCGUCUAACCACAUCUGUGCUUCUGCAUUUUUUACGCGGUGUCAUACAUAGCAAUGAGCAUGAACAAACGAUAGCAGACUAUUCCGUAUGGUGUCGAGACACGUUGCAACGCAAACAAGUUGAACUGGAUUAUGUUUUUACCGUACUUAUAGAUCAAAAUAAGCAGGGACAAGAUGUUAUAACACCAGGUCUAGUUAGCUUGGCAUUUACUUUGCUAAAAGCAAAGGGCAAUGCACCAUUGAACUCAUUGGCUAUGAGCUUUCUCACGAAAUUUAUACGCAAACGUUUCGUGUUCGGGCAGGGAAUUGUACAAAAGUUAGCUGAAUGGAUGGUUGUAGAACAAGAUCAGUUUCAAUUUGGUGAAUGUUUAAUGAUGCUGAGUGUCGCAGACACAUUUACUGUCUCCGAGUGUAUAAAGACGAUCAAAUAUGUAAUGGAUUUAUUUUUGUGGAUACCAGGUGAACAAUCAAUGCGCAUGAUGUCUUUUAUUUUACCAAUUCUUAAACUCUCGGCACCUGUACGCGACGCAUUAAUUGAAGUGCUGAGUAAAGUAAUUAAGUCAAGCGAUCAGCGCAUUCGAGCAGUGGCUGUGUAUGGUUUUUGUAUGAUACUCAAGCAAUUGAACAACAGCAAUUCUCUGCGAUCUCAAUCAACAGCUUCCAGUUUCUGCACACAACAUAGCAUUUCAGGAUUCUCAUUGAUGUCACAGGCGACUCUGGGUAAUCGUCAUAAUUCACAUCGUCAUUUUGAUAUGCUAACUCUGGAAAUAAUUGGAAUUCUGCGUAGUUGUUUCACUAAUAGUUUAACGACGAAACGAGUGCUCUAUGAAAAUUUACAACGCGCGGUAGAGCUGAAUCCUAAACUCGUACCACAUGUGCUUCAGUUUAUUGAUUCGCAUUUUCGCUCAUUUUUCCGGGCUUCCAAUAAUAUCGGGGACGUUGAGGAUAUCUACGUGUUGUUUGAAAAAGUUGUGUACGCUGCCACAACAAAUGCCUACGAAUUACAUGUCCAAGAUAAUCUUGGACUAUUGAUACAGUUUAUAAGCCAUUGUUUGGCUCAAUUUCAACAUUUCGAAAGUGAAUACGAUGUAAUAGAAAUACAACGUUUGCUGCGCUUGGCCAUGAAGAAGGUGAUAACUAAGGAUCUGCAGUUCGAAGAAAAGAAUGAUAACUGGACACCUUUAAAAUGCGCUUUAUUGGAACAACAGAUGAAUUUUUUAGAAGGCUUGAUUGCCUACUCAUUGCUCACAUCACAACAUAACAAUGACUCUGUGAAACAUAUUUUACCAUUAUUUAAAGCACACUGUAAGCUCAGCGAGAUACACAAGUUAUAUGGAAAUUUCUCCAGAAAACAGUUACAAAAAAAGAAUAGGCAUGAUAAAGUGGAUGGCUCUUCUUUGAAAAACAUAACUGUUAAUGGUGUGGUAAUAAAGAAGUUUCACAGAAAUUACGUUGAAAAUAUUUGGGAUUUGUCCGUCGUGGGAAAACUUCUCCGAGUUCUACAUGAAGACACUGUGCCCUUUGUCGCAAGCCAAUAUACUGCGCCCCUUCGCUCCAAUGUAGAAUUUGUCCGUUAUGUUUUUGGAAUAGCGGGGCAAAAGGUGGAAGCUCUGCGUAAUGAGUCUGAAUAUAAACAAUUAUCACACAGCAGUCGCACCUUGAAGUAUCUCACAGACAUAACAAAAGUGGUAUAUGAACGCUGUAUACUUCGUUUGCCAGGAGUGUGGGCUGAUUUUGACAAAAAGACAGCUGCUUUAGGAGCCGAGUGUUUUCAGCAAUGUUUGCAAACUGCAAAUGCAAUUUAUAAGAAAAAAUUUGCUGAUGUAUUUUUGAAAGGAUUUGAUUUCCAUACAAGCAAUCACUGUAAGCAAUCCCCAGCAAUAUUGCAUGACCUAAUUGAUGAAUUCAUGGAGAGCGAGCAGCGGCAUGAUUCAUCUAAUUCAUGCAAAGGCGCAAGUGAUUCUGAAAACGAUGAUCGACAGAGAAUAUUACAAGCCUUAAUGCAGUGUCUUGAAGUUCUUUACGAUAAUCUUUCUUUCGAGGAUCGCCUAACUACGGAGUCGUAUUCGUGGCUACUUAAAUUCUGCAAGUGCUAUGAGGUGAAGUCUAAGAAUUUGGGUUUAGUACACAAACUGCUAUUCAUACAACGACAGAAAACACAUUCCGGCGCAUUCUUCAACACAAUAGCAAUGCAAUUGUAUAAUAUUUGGGGCUGCGUCGCUGAUGAUUUAUACGAGAGGGAUUGUCCCCCCGCCUUUGUUCUAAAGUCUUUGACUGUUGAAAGCGUUGAAUCAUAUUUCUCGUAUUUGUGUCAAGCUUUACGCAAGCAAAUAGAUGACGUAGCUUACUUUAUCCUAAAGGCAAACAACUUAAACUUUAAAUAUCGCAUUGUAACCGAAGAUGAGCGAGAUAUGUGUCUUAGUCAACUGCGUUCUAUGGAGCGUUCCAUAUGUUCGCAGCUGGUUCAUAUCUCAAAUGCCUUGAUACAUUUGGCGAAUGUCUGUAUUCCUUUGGGCACGACCAUGGAUCAAUUAUUGAAACUCCUAAUACAACACUAUAUCUGCCUCAAGAAUCUUACUAAACACUUUUUAAUUUGCGUUGGAUCAUCGCAAGUUUGCAUGCAAUCGACUAAGUUCGAAUAUUUGUUGCGUUCCGUUGGCAAAUCACUUCCCACAAACAUUUACGCGCUCGUCUCGUACAUUGAAGCAAAUGUUAUAGAUAAAGAGCAGCCACAAGGUAAACAUUCAAAUCCAAAAGCCGAGAGUGCUAAAAUUUUGAGAGAGACGAAACUCAUACCAAAAGUAAUAUUGCAUCUAGAAACCUUCCAUCGUUUUACUAUCGUUCUGUCAAAGAAGACAAAUAGCGGUAUAGUCCAUUUUUUGCAUCAGGGUACUGUCCAUGAUUUUCGCUUUCACACACAUGCUUUAAAAGCGGCUGUAGAGCGCACAUUUUCGCAUACCAGUGAAAUUUCCGUAGAUCCCAGUGUUGAGAGCAUUAAUCAAGAAAUUGUUGACGAUCUUCCAGAGGACAAACAAGCCGAAUCUUCGCCGAAUGAAAGCGACAAAGAGUGCAUGAAGCGUGAUCGUAUUACUCGCAGACGUAAUGAGUAUAAGGACAGCAAGAGUGAUAUCUACGAUAGCGCUGCCGAAGUGUGCGAUGAUAGAAGGGAAUGCGAUGACACAUUGUGCAAGGCAAGAUCCUUAUCAACUUCAAAACAAAUUUCAAAUCGUUUAACGAAAACACAAAAACCGUUAAAACGUAAACUUCGCAGGUGUGAAAAUGACAAUUAUGGAGAUUGUAGCAAUGUUGAUGAUACGAACAGUAGACAAUCGGCGGAUAUAGUUCAGCCCAGUCCACGAGUGCGUGGAGUUCUGAGACAUCACUCGUCGCAAGGUGACGGUGAUAGUGAAGCAUGCUCUUCUCCAACACCGGACCACGCAGAAAUCUUAGAGCAUGAGAGCAAUCAGGAAUCAGCCUCACAGCUGUUUAAAAAUUUGACAAAAAUUAAUAAGAAAGCCCAAAAGCGCACACUCAAGGAAAUUGAUGACAUUGACGGCUCAAAUGUAGGCCCCAAAGUGCCCUCAAAAAAAAGACGUCGACGCGUGUCAAUUAAGAAGUAGCAAUUCCAGCGUUUUAUUGGCGGUUUACUCCAAACCCAAACGUGGUUUUAUUAUUGAACUUAAUUUCGUCACAACUUGUAUUAUAAAAAUUUAAUGGUUGCUAUCAGUGUUGGACAAAUUUUAAUAGUAAGGUCAAUAAAAACUAAUAAUUGAUAACUGCAA